CGCCAAGGCCUGCUCUUCUUCGUCUUUCUCCUCUCCUCUUCAAACUCGUCGUCGUGGGCAUCGUCUAAUACAUUUUCUCCAGCGGGACGACGCAUCGACGGUGGUCGCGAAUCUCAAAUUACCAGUUUGGACAAAGUAACAAAGCCUAUAUUACGUACCAGCGUUUUGACGGUCGUUGGCAAGUCGAUGUUGGCCAAAGGUUAUGGCGUCGUCAUCCACACACCAGAGCUGCCGCGGGCAUUGUUCCUGUGUCCAUUUUCAGCCGUUCGCGGAUCCGACGAAUUCUCCGCUUUGUGUGCUCGCGACACACUUGAACACUUCCUGGACGGUCUCGAAAUUGACGCGUGUUCGCAUCGCAAGCACUGCACACAACACUGGUUCAUACUCAUCGAUGAGCAUGACCAUUACACGUCUUGCUAG